AUGUCUGACAGGCCUGGUCACCGAGGUGGCGGUCGUGGCAACCGCGGCGACGGAGGCUAUCAUCGCGGCAGCAGCAGGGGAGGCGGCGGCGGCUCCCGCGGAGGACACGGCGGUGAUCGCGGCGGGCAUCGCGGCGGCGCGGACGGCGAGAAGCCCAAGAAGGAGAACAUCCUGGACCUCACAAAAUACAUGGACAAGCAGAUCACGCUCGCGCGCAUCAUGCUAAUGCUUUUGCACGACGCAGACGAAGAAGGCAACGAAUCCAAGAGACCCCUCGGCCUGGUCGUCGCCCGCGGCACCCUGCUCGUGCUCGUCUCCCCCGUCGACGGCAGCGAGGAGAUUGCCAACCCCUUUGCCCAACCUGACGACGAGUGA